UUUCGUUUGUCCAUUAACUCACAACACAGACCUAUUUAAAAAUGUUCAAAUUGGUGGUGUUGUCUGCUCUCGCAGCUGUAGCUGUAGCCAAACCAGGAUAUCUUGGAAGUCAUUUGGGAUAUUCCGCUGUUGCUCCUUUGGCGGUGCACACUCACAGUUAUGCUGUACCAGCAGCUGUCAGCAGUACAUACCGUAAAGACAUCGUCAGCCAACCAUGGGUACAAACUUAUGCUGCUCCAGUAGUUUCCGCUCCAAUCAUCCAAAAGACCAUCUUGGCUCCAGCCGCUGUUAGCAGCACUUACAGAAAGGAUAUCGUCAGCAAACCAAUCAUCUCCACUUAUGCUGCUCCAGCUUACGUUGCAGCCCCAGUAGUACACAAGACUAUCGUAUCUGCUCCAGCAUACGCUUACUCUGCUCCACUUUCUUAUGCUGCCCAUGGUUGGUAAUAAGGGACUAAAGGUUUUUGAUUUUUU